AUGCAAGUUCAAGGAUACAGCUUUUUUUAUGGACUUUGUGCAAUGAACAAUGCAAUAGGGAUUUCCAAUCAUGGGCCUCCCGUGUUUGAUGGGUGUGAUCUUGAUUUGGCAGCAGAUGUAAUGUGCUUAAAACAGAUUUGUGAAAUUAGCAGUGGGUUUUCCGCACCAUCAGAGCCUAUGAGCUGCCUUGACGGAGAUUACAGCAUUUUAGCAAUGGAAGAGGCAGCAAACCGUAAGAACUAUACGUUCCAAAGAGUAGAUGUUCCCUUAAAAGCACUAGUCGAUGGAGCAGUAAUUCAAUCCCUUGAUCUUAGCAGUCUACAUGAAUUUUACUCCCUUGUUCUGGGAUUGUUCAGGACGGAUGAGAAACCAGCACUUAUUGUGAGGACACAGAAGUAUCAUUUUGUAACGGUGCUCUUCAAGCAAGACUCAAUUGUAUUUCUUGAUAGCCGGCGGACAUCUGCUGUUCAAAUGUCCAUCAGAGACGGCCUUGGUUUCAUUCAGAGCGAAGACUCUCAGAACCCAGACUUUGCUGCUGUUAACCUUCAAGGACCUGGAAUUUAG